CGUGUAAUUCGAUGCAUGCUGUUAAAGCUUAGAGUAUAUUGUCUUCCUUUUGCUUAUGAAGCCUCCACCCACCGGCCCACCCUACAUUUAGCGGAUCAUGUGACUCGGGGCAGCCGAAGAAACAGGAUGUUAAUGCUUGACGGAAUGCCUGCGGUCCGAGUCAAAGCCGAGCCCCUGGAAUCGGAACAAGGGUCACCUAAAGUGCGCCCUUACUCUGCGAUGGACGGCGUCCCCUUCUUCCUCAGCAGAGUCAAACCUGAGCCACCAGAAGACCUGCUCGCUCACGACCUGCACUUCCACACACAGACCGAGCCCGUCGACCUGUCAAUCAACAAACCCCGCCCCUCCUUUUCAUCCACCACUCCUAUCACCACCUCCUCUUCUUCCCCUCUACGAUCCGCCUUCUCUCCCUCCUCAUUAUCGUCGUCAUCCUCCUCCUCCUCCUCUUCUCCAUCAGUCAUCACCUCCGCCUCGUCGGUGCUCACGCCAGGUCCUCUAGUCGCCCCUGGAUCUGGGGUCAGAGGUCAGCCCUAUUUGCACAUCCUGCACUCUGUGCCGCCGCCUCCGUCCAGCCCUCUGGGCCUGCAGGGAGUGGGGAAGCUGGCCAGCCAUGUUCACCGCAUCCCAGUUGUGGUACAGUCACUGCCCCUCAUGUACACCACCGCUGUUCGAUCCCCCUCCAGGCUCAACAACGCCAUCAUGCUACCUCUGCUGGACGAGGCCAAAAGCCAGGGCAAAGCACAUAUAGACCACAAUGGCCUGUCGCCGAGGCAGAUCAAGAGUGACAGCGACGACGACGACCUGCCAAACGUGACCUUGGACAGUGUUAACGAGACCGGCUCCACUGCGCUGUCUAUAGCCCGCGCUGUACAAGAUUCCAUGUCUCCGUUCAGUAUUGACAGCAUACGGCGCCCCCGCAGGUCAGAGUCUCCGGAGUCCAAAAAGAGAAGAAUCCACAGAUGCGACUUUGAGGGCUGCAAUAAGGUGUACACCAAAAGCUCCCAUUUAAAAGCACACCGGAGGACGCACACAGGGGAAAAGCCAUACAAAUGCACCUGGGACGGCUGCACGUGGAAGUUCGCCCGCUCCGAUGAGCUGACGAGGCAUUACAGAAAACACACGGGGGUGAAGCCCUUCAAGUGUGCAGACUGUGACCGCAGCUUCUCCAGAUCUGACCACUUGGCCCUGCACCGACGGAGACACAUGCUGGUGUGAAUCAGACGGAGAGAGAGAGAGAUCAACACGAGAGAGAGAGAGAGAGAGAGCAAUGAAACAGACCACACACACACACACACACACACACACACACACAGGCAGCCGGGGGAGCGGGAUCUCCCUGUGAAUGUUUUUCAGCUGGCCUGGACGCACACACACUUACACACUUACACACUUACACACACACACACACUCUCAUCCGUCGCGAGGGGAGAAGAUGGAGACGUGCACAGGGCUUGUGGAGCACAAAACAGGGUCACUUCUGAAUCCUCUUUGGGGCUGGAAGGAAAAGACGGCAGGAUCUGUUAUCGUCGUUGUUUGGAGUUGAAUAGGGAACUGUCUUUUACAGCACUGUUUGUAAAUGUUUCACCUUGAUUUUAAAGAUGAACUCGCACUCUUUCUUCGGACAAAAAAAAGAUAUAUAAUGCAAUCGCAGCUGUUUCUUUUUUUUUUUUGGUAUCUUUUCUUUUCAUUCAAAUAGUUGCUUUUCAAAGCAUUCAUAAUGUGAAAGACCUCUUUAUAAGGAAGGCAUUUCCUGCGGGAGCAGACAGAAGUUUAAGGCCUUGAAUGGAUAACAGGAAAAGCUUUAAGCCCCUGCUGGAGAUACUCUUGCACAGUUAUCUCCCUGUGAGUCCGAUUUUUGACCAGCAGAGGGCGCCAUUUCACCACAGAUGGUUUUUCUUUUCCCGCUGGAGCCUGCUGUUAAAAACCGAGGCAUGCCAUAUUAGAAUCAAAAAAGAGGGCUGGACGUUCACCUUUUACCAUCGCCGGAAUACAACUGAAGACAUUCACUGAAAUAUGGAUCAACCUCACCGACACACCUGCAGUUUGAGAAACGCAUUGCUUCAUUCCAGACAAUGAAAAGCGGACACUCAUGUCAUCGCACCAGCAAAGAAACACACAGUUUAUGGACAACCUCACCUCUCAUCCGUGCAUUUCUUUAUGUUGAGCCUCUUGAAAGCAUUUUCUCAUAAAAGAAAAACAAAUCUUUGGUGGGUUUUGUGCUGUGAUUAGCAAUCAGUAAAGUGCAAUCUUAAAGGAUAAAUAUACUUUAAGUAUGAAAAUGUUUUGUUUAUUUUUGUUUUUCCAAAUGCCUGCUUAUCGCUUAUGUUGGACUCAGAAAAAAUACAACCCCUCAUGUACAGUGAACUUUGAAACAAUCAGAGGAGAUUUUCAGUAUGUGAAAAAAUCGAGAGGCACCUUACAGACUCAUCAUUUCAUUCUGUCCCAGUAGAUCUCCUUUUCUUUCCUGUUCUUCAGAUCUGUUUUCUCAGUUAUGAAAGGAACUUCUGUUGUGGUUUUUCUUUCUUUUUCUUUUCUUUUUUGCACAGACCAUAAGCUGAAUCCAGCGUUGGCUGCAGUGUUACAGGGAUAGUUUGUUACCUGAGGUAUAAAACAGAAGAGCAAUACAUGCAGAACAAAGUGAGGGGAAGGAAAGUCCGCCUCCUCUUCGUUGUUCUGUUUGCUGAUGUCAGUCUAUUGGAGAAACGUCUGGCUCCUCGUUCUUUCCCAUGAUUCCCUGCAAGGAUUGUUUUUUUUUUGUUUUUUUUUUUAGCUCCAGCACAUGGCUCUUAUCUGACACGCGUUAGUCAGCGAGUUCCUGCAAAUCACUCGACUUUGUUUUGUCUCUAAAAGUCACUUGAAAUGCUACCACCUCGACAAGAUUUAUCUUAAAGAAUGUUCUACCCAAGUUGUUUCUAAAAAGUAGAAAAAUUGAAGAAACCACGCACACACACACACACAUAUAUCUAUAUUAACAUAAUGCAUUUACUGGCAGUCAUAUCUUAUCUCUCGGGAGACUCUAACUUUACCAUAAUGAGGAAGUUAAAUUAAACUUAAUGUAUAUCUUUACCGCCAUAAUAACAGAUGUUUUAUCUCCAAUACUCCUCGAGCGGUGUAAGACAUAAACUCAACAGAAUGAGGCCAAUUUGCGGCACUUUAAAGUGCUGCUAAAUGCAUUUAUUGGACAGAAGCCAGUAAGAGAAAUGGCACCCAUUUUGAUAAAAGCACCGUGACAACCACACACACACCUGAACAUUUUAAUUAAAAAAAAAAAAAAAUCCUCCCUUUGAGUGAAGCAUUCAAACAUCAGGCAGUGAUUUCCACACUUUGUAUGUGACAGCCCUUAGGCUGUAAUGGAGAAUGGUAACGUAUGUAAUCAUUAUUUAUGUAUAUUGUUUGUGCACAUGUCAUUAUGCCUGGUUGUAUUAUCAUUUUGGCAACAACAACAACAAAAAAAAAGCAUAUCAGCACCUUGUUUGUUUUAUUAGUAUGAUUUUCAAAUGAUUUUAUUUCAGAUGUCAAUUUAUAAACAAAUAAUCCUCCUAUUUUAUCCUCCAUAUAUAAUGUAUGGGAACAUUUUAUUAUUGAGGGGCACUUCAUCAUUGCAUAGAACUCUUUUUUUUCUUCUGUACAAAGGAUCUUUUGAAAUGUUGUAAUAUAUGUGAUAGUGGAGAUAAAAAACUUAUUACAAAGUUCUACAGCCUGUAUAUAUACAUUGGACAAAAUAGGGCUUUUGAUUAGUAGACGCAGGAAAUACAUUUAUACAUGUAAAGUCUUUUUUUCAGAGACUGUAAUUUAUCUAAUUUGAUAUACAGUGAGAUGGGGCUAAUGGUGUUUCAUCGUGUAAAUGAUCAUACUUGAUGUGAUAGAACAGUUUGCUUUCUUUGCUUUUGUGGUUAACUAAAAAGUUCAUGAGCGAAUCAUUUUUAUUCCCAAGGCUGAACCAGUGUUUGCUACAACCGACAAAUUAUUUAUAUACACCCACCAUAAUAAGGUACUCGAUUUCCCCUGUGUUGCUAUUUUACUAUAACCCAGACAAGAAAUUCUAUAGAUCAAGCACAUAUCAACAACACGUGUACUCUUCGUGUUCAGUAUAUGAUGUUGCAUGCCUUAAUAUGCCACCUUUUUGAAAGAAAUCAAUGACAUUGAAUACGGUGUCUCCAAAGGACAGGGUCAGCAUCUCUUCCCUCAUUUUAAAGCAUAAUUUUGUAACGGUAACCAGGGUCAAAGUUAUGCAAUAAUAAUAAUAAUAAUAAUAAUAAUAAUAAUAAAAUAGUGCCUCAUAUUGCAAACUUGUAAUAUCCGCUGCUUCGUGCAGACUUUUAGAUUUCAGCAUGUGUGCUCAAAUUAAAACAUUUCAAAUGGGAAACUGUUUUUUUUUCUCUUCUUCUUCUUUGGAAAAAAAAAAAGCACAGACAACAUUAUGCAAGUCGGACCUCUAAUGUUUCAAUUUCUUUUUUUUUUUCGCACUGAGCCUUAUGCCGUCGUGUCAAAGGCAGCAUCGUCCCAUAACACUUUCACAGGCUGUUUUAUAGCUCACGUUAUUACUUUGCUUGCAAUAAGUCACUUCCUCCAAGGGGAACAAAGUUGAGUUACAAAGGCCUCUUGAUAUUUCAGCUCAAUCACAUGAAGUCAACGCGGUGAUUCAAUGGAAGAAAAUGAGGAACACCCAGGAAUUAAAAGAAUCCUGUGGCUGUAGAGUGACGCCUUUUGGUAAUGAAUUAUGAUCUUACACGUCUCUAUUGGUUCAAUAUCUUUUCUUACUUCCUGUUUUAACAUCUGCUUUUGAUUUCCUGGUUUUUUGAACAUUUAAGUAGUGAAGCCAAUGCCUAUGUUUCAAGUUUGCUGAUAUUACGUACAGUAAUCGUUGUUCCUGUAUUUAUGUAAAGUGAGUGUAGUGUAAAUAUAUUCAGAUCUUUUCAUUCUUACCGGUUUAAAAAAAAGAAAAAAGAAGAAGAAAAAAUUGUGAUAUUGCUCAGCAUCGCUUCAAAAAGGGAGAUUCUUCUCAUGGAAUAUUCCACGUCUGUAAAAGAGAUUUUUAAUCCUGAUAUUUUUCAAGAACUUCAAAUACAGGUGUCCUUUUUUUUCUGUUACACUUUUUCUUUUUUUUUUCUUCAAGAGUUGUUUCAGUAUCCGGUCAGUGUUUUGCCUUUUUCUCUGUAUUUUUCAUAUGGAUGGAGCUGUGAAAUUUAAAAUAAGUUCAAACAUAUACAUGUAUAUCAAUAUGAAUGGAGGCAUGAAGGUUAAUAAAGUUGCAUUUUGUAUGUAA